GUCGUUUCAUUCCGGAUUGAGAGCGGUGAACAACGCACCUGCUUCAUUCUCGGUCCAACAGAGACACUGCAGGAACCCCAGGAAUCUUCUGAGAGUCUUUUUUCCAGUUGGAGUGGGGAUCUCUAGCAUUGCCUGAACUUUUGCCUGAACAGGAGCUACCUUACCUUGACCCACAACAUAACCAAGUGAGCAAUGGCUGGUGUUCUAUCCAACCUGUAUUACAGCACCAAGGAUGUGAAGGAUCUGGUGGCUGCCUAUCAACGUGAAGGAGAUGCGGGUCUUCAAUUGGCCAUCAAUGAAAAAUCCAAGCAGUUCGAAAAUGUACGGAUCAAGAUUGCAGUGAUGGGUGAGUCCGGGUCAGGCAAAUCGACCCUGAUCAAUGCCCUGCUUGAGUUGGAUGAGGAAAGGGCUGCCCCUACCGGCGGUAAAGAGACCACCACUGAAAUAACACCUUACGCUCACCCCACCCUUCCUAACGUUCAGUACGAUGACUUCCCCGGGUUCAACACACCAAAGUUUCCGGUGAAAGAGUUCAUGAAGAAAACCAACUUUUCCCAGUAUGAUUUGGGCAUCAUUGUCACUGCUGCUCGGUUCACGGAGAAUGACAAGUUAUUGGCUGAAGCACUGAAGAAGGCAGGCAAACCUUUCUACCUGGUGCGCUCUAAGAUCGACGACACCAUCAGGGCAGAAAGCCGCAAGAAGGGUUACAACCAGGAGGAUAUGUUCCAGGACUUGAGGAAAUAUUGUAUCUCCUCACUAGAGUUAGCAGGGGUAAAAAAUACUCCCGUUUUCCUCUGUUCUGCAUUUGACCUUGACCAGUUUGAUUUUCCUAAAUUAAGGGAGGCUGUGGUAUCCAAUCUCUCUGAGACACAGAAGAAUCUAUUCAUCACAGCUCUCCCCAACACAUCUGAAGAGGCUAUAGAGAGAAAAUGUCAGGCUCUGCGGCCUUUCAUCCAGAUGCUGUCUGCCGUAUCGGGGUCUAUCGGUGUAGUUCCCAUUCCGGGUUUGUCCCUUGCCUGUGACCUGGCGCUCAUUAUCACUGGUAUCCUGUACAUACGGAUGACCCUUGGUCUGGAUGAGGCGUCACUCAGCAAACUGGCCCAGAGAGUGGGGAUCAGUGUAGAGGAUCUGAAGAAAGGUACUGAGCACAACUGGGUGUUUGGGGAGAUCACACGUGAGCAGGUAGUGCUGUUGAUGCAGAGAAGCACAGUGGCAAUGGUGCUGACAAUCGCCGAGCCCUUCCUUGAUUUUGUCCCCAUUAUAGGCUCUAUCUUUGGGGCAACAUCAUCCUUUGGGGUGACUCUCAUGAUGCUGAACAGUUCACUGGAUGCAAUGGUGGAGACAGCUAAAAUUGUCCUGCAAAAUGCCAAGGCAGCCGCUUCCCCUGAAGGCUGUUAUCAGAGUGCCCGUCUUACUCUACCCCAGAGGGACAUCACACCAUCCUAAUAUCUAGCACCCGAAAUCAAGGUCUUUCUGAAACCCACCCAUCUGGACGAGAGAUUCUGCAGAUACUGGAAAUCAAUGCAUCAAUGGGGGAAUAAACAAUACAUCAGGACUCCUGUUAAUCCUCACACAGCUUGAGUCCAAGUGUUUCCUGUUACCCUUAUAAGGAAGGCUAUCCCUUUUACCAUAAUUUCUGGGAGCUGUUUCUCCAUAGUCACUGCCUGACCCAAUGACCCACCCACCUCUUCAGGGUUUAUUUCAGAUUUCCAGUAUCUGCAGCAUUGAGCAUCAGAAUUUAGAUUCAGUCAUCCUGCUGUAGAUGUUUAAUGUCACAUGCUGAAAAUCCAAAGCAACCCACACAAAAUGCUGGAGGAACUGAGCACGUCAGGCAACAUCUAUGGAAAAGAAUAAACAGUCGACGUUUCAGGUAGUGACACUGCAUCAGAACUGGAGGGUCUGGUGCCUCACCUACCAUUGAACAGUUCCAGUGACAGCAGAUUGACAAUGAUUACAUUUCUUCCCCCUAUCCAGUGCCAGGUCCAGUAAGGUAUGGAUUUGUGUCACUGUUCCCAGCUUCGAUGUCGAAUCGUUCAGCUCAAUAAAUUCAAUUUCCUCAGCCCUGCUGGAAUUUAAACACAAUCUCCUGUGUUAUUGAGUUCAAGUAUUGAUGCAGUAGCUAAAUCUGACAAGUAGUGUGCACAUUCCCUUCAUCAUAGUGCAGCUUAAUGUUUGUUUUCUUCAUCUGUAAUAUUUCGAUGUACUUUUGAAUUGUGAUUAAAAGAUCUGACAA